UUUAUUUAUUUUUUCUUCUUAAAUUAUGAUUAUUUAUAAAUUCAAAAUUAACUUGAGAAAUUUUAAGUUGCAAACUGUUGUUAGACACAAGAAAUUGUAGAAUUCUUAACUAACAAAUUUGCUUUUUAAGAAAUAAAAUAUACUUUUAAAAGUCAAUAUUAUUGCAUGAAUUUAUUAAAGCUUACUUAAAUGAAGAAAAUCGAGUUUACGAACUAAAUUCAAAAUUUUCUUGCAGCCUUCUCAAAAAAAUUAAAAAUAAAAAUAUCUUGGAGCCACGUGUCUCGCAACUAAAGCAAUUGUCUACCAUAUCGCUACUCUUUAGAGCAGCAGAUACCACUCUCCAGCCAAAAAGAAAAAGAAAAGACCGUUGAAACUCAAAUGCCCUCAAUCAGUAACGGCUAGUUUCCAUUUAAAAGAAAAUUUGUAAAAAGCCAACAAAUCCUCAAAUUUGUUUUUGAAAAAAAAUCUUUUCCAGUCUGCUUCAAUCCCUCUGAUAGAACUCAAAAUAAUUCUUGUAUUCAAUUCAUAUAAUCUUCAAUUUCUCCAUCUCUUUAAUCACUUAAAAGUUUCUUGGUCUGCUAUUCUUUUGUUAUAUGUAAUUUGUCUAAAUAGGUUCUUAUAGCAAUGGAUCUUGGUUGCUUAGAUUUGGGAUGCAUUUCUGUGUUGGAUAAGCAAAGCACUGAGACAAAUCUUGACCAUCAUAAGAAAGAAUGUGAUGCCAGUGAAAAUGUUACUUCAGCUACUAAGACUGGAAAGAGUAGAUCACCAAAAGGUACUGGACAAUCAACCCUGAAUGCUCUAAAUAAGUUUACAUCACAGAUUAAGAAGCCGCCUCAUCGUAAGAAUUCUCCUAUAAACUGGUUCCCUCGCAAAAAGGUCGACUCUUACUUAAAGAGGAAAAUCAAAAUGCUGCAGGAAAUAGAUGGCAUGAAUUUGACUCUUGAUGAGACUUUAGGCGAUUCUAAUCCACAUUAUUCAAGAGUCUUGAGAGAAAAAAUGGCAGCAAGAGAGGCUGCACAGGCAGCAAUGGAGGCGCGAAAAGCUGCAUUAGUGGAAGCAUCUUGGUGUAAAAUACUUAGAGCAGCCAGGAUCCAGUGCAAAGAAGCAGAAACUAUCCUGUUAAGGGCUGAGAAAACUGCAUCUGAAGCUUUUGAAGCAGCAACAGCUCUUGGAGUGAUAAUGUAUGAUACACCAAAUUGCCCUCAAAAGCCUAGCAAAAUUGAAACAUUAACAGUUGAUGGAGGGAGAUCUACCACUCAUACUGUCACAGCAUCUUUUGAUACUGCAUUUGAUGUAGAUAAAGAAGUAGCAGCAGCAGUUAAAAGUGCAUUUAUUAGGCUUUCAAGGUGCCCUUCUUUUGACAAAGAUGAAUUCAAAGAACUGUUGUGCAAAAUCAGUCAGAACCCAGAUAUGGGUGAUCAUAAUAAUAAUCAGGAAGUAUUAGAGAUUUCUUCGGAAUACGAAUCAGAAUCAGGGUCGGAACCUGAAACAAUGUUGCAGAAUGAUGGCUUUAGUGCUAAAGACGAUAACUGCAAGUUGCCUACUAUGGAUACAAGACAGAAGAAGUACAAGAGGAGGCAACCUUUGGAGAAACUUAAUAUGGCAAAACUUGUGGACAUGAUGCUUGAUAGGCUUAGAUGUUUAAAAGAAGAUGAACUUUCUUCUUUGGCCACUAUAGUGGCAACUUGCGGUUUAAAUGCUGCCUUGGCAGAAGAAGAAAGCAGUAAGUUGCAUGAUCCAGGCUCUGCUGCUGAUUAUACCUCAAGUUCUAACAUUCCUCGUAGAAUGUCUAACAUUCCACGUAGAAUGCCUUCUGCUGGAGCAGGAUCAAUGAGGUAUUCGAAUCUCGAGCAGAUGAGAAGGAAGCAAGUUGAGUCAGAACUACCAAGUUUGGACAAGUUUUUGGUGAAGCACAUGACGAAACUUGAAAGAGAGGUGCAAGAAGCCAAGAACAGCAGGAGAAAUGGCUCUGCAGAAGGAAAUAUAGAGAAUGCAGAUAAAAUUGACCAAGGAACAGGCAAUUUAGCUAAUAAUACUUUACAUGAGAGUAUUCCUAAUUUGGGGAGUAUUCUUGUGAAGCAUUCCCCUAAGUUGGAGAAAGAGUUAGAAGAAGCAAAGAAGAAUUCACGGAAAAUUUUUGAAUUUCCUUGUAAGAAAGCAGCCAGUGAUUUAACUUCAUCGGAGGCCAUACCUAACCUUGGAAGCAUACUGAUAAAGCAUUCAUCAAAGCUUGAAAAGGAAGUCCUACAGAUAAGAAAAAACUCCAACAAAGAACUUAAGAGUGAUAGCAAGGAACUUGAAAGAGCGCCAAAUAGGGCAAUCAGUCAAAGAAAAGAAGAUGUUCUGGAAGUCCCUAGCCUGGAUAAGUUUCUGGUAAAGCAUGUAUCAAGACUCGAAAAGGAGGUCCAAGAAGCGAAGGACAGAAGGAAAAAUGACCUAAUUGAAAAUAAGAAAGUUAAUUCAUCUACUUCUGUCUCAGAAUCAGAGCUUGAAAAGGAAGUCCUACAGAUAAGAAAGAACUCCAAAGAAUUUAAGAGUGAUAGCAAGGAACUUGAAAGAGCGCCAAAUAGGGCAAUCAGUCAAAGAAAAGAAGAUGUUCUGGAAGUCCCUAGCCUGGAUAAGUUUCUGGUAAAGCAUGUAUCAAGACUCGAAAAGGAGGUCCAAGAAGCGAAGAACAGAAGGAAAAAUGACCUAGUUGAAAAUAAGAAAGUUAAUUCAUCUACUUCUGUCUCAGAAUCAGAGAAAAAUACAAGUUCUUGUAGUGGAGAAGCAGCAGCGGCAGAGAAGGAAAAUGUUGACAUGAACAAAGAAGAGGAUAGCUUGGACAAGAUUUUGGUCAAGCCAUUGCAUAGACUAGAAAGGGAGAAAAUGCAGGCCUCGUCAUUGAGAAACAACCAUGGUAUUCGCAAGCACCAGAACAAACUUGGAGGAGAUAAUGCUGCAGGUUGUGAAGGUCUAGACAAAGUUUUAGUGAAGCAUGUAUCUAGACUAGAGAAAGAGAAAAUGCAAUUCAUAUUGAAGGAGGAAGAAGAAGAGAUGAAGGUAAAGGCAAGCAGCAGAAAUGUGCAAAGGCAGAUGAAUGAACAAGGUAGCUUGGACCAAAUUCUAGUUAAACACAAAUCAAGGCUUGAAAGAGAGAAGAAGAUGGCAGCAUCUCAGGAACCUGGAGGAGGAGAUGAUAUUAGACUUUCUGCAGUAUCGCGCAGAGAAGCAAGGGAAAGAGAGCUGCAAGAAGCAUGGGGAGGAUUAAGUUUAGGGAAUUCCAUCAAGCCACAUCUCUCCAAACUUGAAAAAGAUAAGGCUGCUUGGAUUAAAGCUGAAGAAGAGGAAAGAAGGCGUGCAGUAGAGAGUUAAAUAUUCUUUCUGACAUGCAUUAACAACACCCAAAUACUUCGUUCCUUGAUUCUUUCUCUUGAAUCUUUAUUUAUUUGUAUAGUGUGUAUAUUUUUGGUGCAUGUUCUUGCAUUGGAAGAGAAACAUAUACCCUACUGUAAUCUGAAGCUCUUUCUUUAAUCUUUGAUCUUCAAGUCAAAUUAAAGAGAAUAUAUUUUAGCAUGUAUUUAUGUUCUUGGCAA